AUGGGGUUUUGGCUGCCGGUUCUGCUUGCCUUGUUAGUCUCUGUGAUUGGGGGGCUCUACCUCUUGGGUGCCUUCCGCAAACGGCGCCCUGGGGAGCCGCCGCUGGAUAAGGGACCCAUCCCUUGGCUGGGUCAUGUCCUGGACUUCCGGAGGGACACUGCCAAGUUCCUCCAGAAGAUGAAAGACAAGCACGGGGACAUUUUCACUGUGCAGCUGGCCGGCUUCUACUUCACCUUCAUCAUGGACCCGCAGUCCUUCAGCGCUGUGAUCAAAGAGGCUCGGACCAAGCUGGAUUUCAGCGAGUUCGCCAAGCAGCUGGUGGAAAGGGUGUUUGGCUACCACUCCGAGGACAAUGAGCACAAGGUCCUGCAGAUGACCAGCAACAAGCACCUGAUGGGCGACGGCCUGGUGACCAUGACCCAGGCUAUGAUGAGCAACUUGCAGAACCUGAUGCUGCACAGCGUGGGCUCUGGGAAGAACCAGGAGGUCUGGAAGGAGGACGGGCUGUUCCACUUCAGCUACAACAUCGUCUUCCGUGCGGGCUACCUAGCCCUUUUCGGCAACAAGACCGACAGCAACCUAGAGAAAGCCAGAGAGAUGGAUCGCUUGGAAUCGGACGAGCUCUUUUACAAAUUCCGGAAGUACGACCAGCUCUUCCCCAGACUAGCCUACGGAGUCCUGCCCCCAAAGGAAAAGAUGGAGGCUGAGAGGCUGAAAAGGCUGUUCUGGAACAUUCUAUCAGUGCAGAAUAUGGGCAAGAAGGAAAAUAUCAGUGGCUGGAUCUUGGACCAACAGCAGUACAGAAGUGAAUGGGGAAUGGAGGAGUCCAUGCAAGACCGCUAUAUGUUUGUGCUUCUCUGGGCAUCUCAGGGGAACACAGGUCCCUCUUCCUUCUGGCUGCUCCUCUACCUCAUGAAGCACCCCGAGGCAAUGAAGGCAGUGAGGGAAGAGGUGGCUGAGGUGCUGAAGGAGACAGGGCAGGAAGUAAAACAAGGAGGACCGCUGAUCAACCUCACCCGGGACAUGCUGCUCAAAACACCUGUCCUGGACAGCGCAGUGGAAGAAUCCCUCCGCCUCACAGCCGCCCCUGUCCUCACUCGUGCAGUGCUGCAGGACAUGUCACUCAAGAUGGCGGACGGCAAGGAGUACAACAUUCGCCAAGGCGACCGGGUGGCCCUCUUCCCAUACACUGCUGUGCAGAUGGACCCCGAGGUCCACCCCGACCCGCACACCUUCAAGUACGACCGCUUCCUCACACCCGAGGGUACCAAAAAGACAGACUUCUACAAGAAUGGGAAGAAGCUCAAGUACUACACCAUGCCCUGGGGUGCUGGUGUCAGUAUGUGCCCAGGCCGCUUCUUUGCCACAAAUGAGCUGAAACAGUUCAUCUUCCUCAUGCUCACUUACUUUGACUUUGAGUUGAAGAACCCUGACGAGGAGAUCCCCCCCAUCGACAUCAGACGCUGGGGAUUUGGGUCCAUGCAGCCAACCCAAGACAUUCAGUUCAAAUACAGACUGCGCUUCUAGACUUUGCUAGAGAUUAUGCUGGAUUUUUAAAGUGACCUUUGUCUUGAAAGACUUCAAGCUAUUUGCUUUUUUCCUGCUCCGUAACAUGUCGUCUGAGAAUAGUAUUACUUACGCUGCCUGAUUGUUAUGAUUGUGAUUACAUUGUAAAAUAUAACAAUGUUGUUAUAUUCAAGUGAAUCAUUUUAUAAGGUGCUAUAAAAUAGCUUCAUAUUUAUGUUUUUAAAAAGGAGUGAGUGAUUUCUGCAUGUGAGAAUGUAUGUGUGCUUUGCUGGUGGUUUUGCUUUUUAGUUUUACAUUGCUUGCACUGCUCCAAAAAUCCUUUGCUCUUUACUGUAUCUGUAACACAUUUAGAAUACAGCAAAGGUAAGACUUUUUAUUCCAGUUUCAGUUAUUGUUUUUUUGAUAUUCUGAAUCUGUUUGACAUUAUUUGACUGGAUGUAUAACAUGAACUUGCACAAGCUGUUGGUUAAAAACAGUUCACAGUAUAUUGUUAAUAUGUACUCUCUGAUCUGUGCACAUCACUACAAUAUUUUUCUGUCAAUAAAGCUGACA